UCGGCUGGCUGCUCGCACGAAGUUCUCUCUCAUCACUCGAAGCGAACGGACGUGCACAGUGCGUGCGUGCGGUGUCGUUGCUGCGUCCGCGCUUACAACGCUUGCUCUUGGGUUUUUUGGGGUGUUAAAUUCUACGUUACGCAAAGGUACAAAGCAGGGAGUUACUAGCAUCGUAACCACAAACCCGUUUAACCACAACAAACGGGCGAAAGGGCACGCUUUUGUUUCGCCCUUUCGGUACGGUGUAAUGUAGAAUGUAAUGUAAAAGUAAACAUACGUGCGCGUUUCGGUGUUCGCGUUUCGUCAAUUUCAAAACAAAGUGUGGCUCUACCGUUCAGUGUGUAUGUGUGUGUGUGUGUGGGUGUUUGAACGGAAGCAAACCAUCAGAGCGUGUGUGUGUGCCGAGAGGUGACAGAUAACGUGUGACAAGUGGCCAAGCAGGUAGCGGUGUCGAAGUUCCGGGCAAAGGAGGAAAGCAUCCUGCGCGGUAGUUUGCGGCACUGAUAAGAGAUAUUUCCAGGCACAGCAUCUGGACGUGCGGUGCGGUUUUUGGGAUGGGAAUUGCGAGAAAGUAAAGGCGCACGAAGAAAAGAAAAAAAUAAGGAAAGGUUGUGAAUAGCAAACGAAGAAAACGAAGAAUAAAAUGUUACAACGUUGAUGGUGAAGCAGGAAGAGACCACUCUAGGAGUACUCGAAAACGGCGCAGUAUCAGUGGAGUGGAAUUAGUGUGGCGUUAGUGACGCAAAAAAAACGGAAGCAUUUCCCAGGAACAUCCCAACCGCAGCCACACACAUGUGCCAGCGAAAUUGCCCGAUUUAAUUCAACAAAAGAAAUUGUGAAACAUAUCAACGUAAAACACACACAUCACGCGCAACAGAUGCAUCAUCAAUUGUAAUUGUAAGGAGGAAAACGGCACAUUUUGGCACAGUUUGGUGCUAAUUUCAUGCGACGCAAACUUGACGAAAGGUUCGGUAUUUACUCAGCCAACGAGCCAACAUCAAAGGCUGGUACCGUCCGUGGCGGGCGUUGUCUGAGGCGUACAGCGAUACGGAGCGAUGUGCCGUAGGUGAUCGUACGUUGAUAGAAACGUAACACUCGAUCACUGUCUUCAACAACAACGCUUCAGGAAUAAUUCUACAGGCGAAGAGGUCGCUUCUAACACAUAUCGUACGGUACAGGCGGUUUACUACAUUUAGCCCGGAAAGCACUGCCUGCAACAACAAAAAUGGCGCUGCUCGGCAGACGGAGAUCGUCCUUCCUGAAGCUGGCCGCCCUGUGCGGUGUCGUAUGGUUUAUGGCCGUGUUUGUGCUCUACUCGGACGAUUCGAAUCGGGCCGGCGGCCCGAGCGGCAGCGGCUCGGCGGCAAGCGGCGGCGGAGCGAUCGAGUACGAGACGCCGCGACGACUGCCGCUGGAAGGCAUACGGAACAAGUUCAACCAGUUUAUGGAGAACGCACGGCUGGAUGCAAAUCGGCCGGAUCCGGCCGUGCCCGAGGUGCCGGACGUGAACUUUGUCGAUCACAACCGGGUGGAGGACGGCGAUGAGGGGGAGGGAGGUGCGGGAGGCGUCGAUCCGGAUCUGGAUGAGCCGCCGGUGGUGAAGACGGUCAAGGAGCUGCCGUCGAAGCCGAGCCGGCCCCAGUCACACUCGCCGCCCGCCAGUGGUAACGGUGUCGCUGGUGCUCUCGCAUUGCCCGGCGUUAUCGCGCCACCGAGCGACGGUCCGGGUGAGCUGGGCAAGCCCGUGGUGCUGCCGAAAGAACUAACGCCGGAGGUGAAAAAGCUGGUCGAUGACGGAUGGGCCAAGAAUGCGUUCAACCAGUACGUGGCGGACAUGAUCUCGAUCCGGCGCACGCUGCCCGAUCCGCGCGACGCGUGGUGCAAGGAGCCGGACCGCUACAUGGACGAUCUGCCGCCGACGUCCGUCAUCAUCUGCUUCCACAACGAGGCGUGGUCGGUGCUGCUGCGUACCGUUCACUCGGUGCUCGACCGUUCGCCGGACCAGCUCGUGAAGGAGGUGAUACUGGUCGAUGAUUUCUCCGACAUGCCUCACACGCAGAAGCAGCUGGAGGACUAUUUCCUCGCCUAUCCGAAGGUGAAGAUCGUGCGUGCUGCCAAACGCGAGGGUCUCAUUCGUGCCCGUCUGCUCGGUGCUCGACAUGCGACGGCACCAGUCCUAACAUAUCUUGACUCUCACUGCGAAUGUACUGUCGGAUGGCUGGAGCCGUUGCUUGAUCGUAUCGCACGCAACUCGACGACGGUCGUCUGUCCCGUGAUCGACGUGAUCGAUGACAACACGAUGGAGUAUCACUACCGCGACUCGGGCGGUGUGAAUGUCGGUGGUUUCGAUUGGAACCUGCAGUUCAACUGGCAUGCCGUACCGGAACGGGAGAAGCGCAAACACAAGAGCCCAGCGGAACCCGUUUGGUCACCAACGAUGGCGGGCGGCCUGUUUGCGAUCGAUCGUGUAUUUUUCGAGCGGCUCGGCACGUACGAUUCCGGGUUCGACAUCUGGGGCGGUGAAAAUUUGGAGCUCUCCUUCAAGACGUGGAUGUGUGGCGGUUCGCUCGAGAUUGUGCCCUGUUCGCACGUUGGACACAUCUUCCGGAAACGCUCGCCGUACAAGUGGCGAACGGGUGUGAAUGUGAUCAAGCGCAACUCGGUCCGGCUGGCGGAGGUGUGGAUGGAUGAGUACGCACAGUACUACUACCAGCGCAUUGGUAACGAUAAGGGUGAUUACGGUGAUGUAAGCUCGCGCAAGAAGCUGCGCGAAGAGCUCGGCUGCAAGUCGUUCCGGUGGUACCUGGACAACAUCUAUCCGGAGCUGUUCGUGCCCGGCGAUGCGGUUGCUUCGGGCGAGGUAAGAAACAUGGGUUACGGUAACCGAACCUGUCUCGAUGCGCCUGGCGGCAAGCGGAACCUGCGGAAACCGGUCGGACUCUACCCGUGCCACAAUCAGGGUGGCAAUCAAGGCUUGUUGGGCGCUCCCGAUCAACACAUGUUCUCCCGUUACUGGAUGCUGAGCAAAACGGGUGAGAUCCGGCGGGAUGAGGCGUGCCUUGACUACGCGGGCGAUGACGUGGUGCUGUACCCGUGCCACGGUUCCCGGGGCAAUCAGUACUGGAACUACUCGGACCAGUCGCACCUGCUCCGUCACGGCUCGUCCGACAGGUGUUUGGCGAUCAACGAGGCGAAGAACAAGCUGAUCAUGCAAGACUGUAAUGCGGCCGUCGAGGCCCAGCGGUGGUCCUUCCAGAACUACGACGCCAGCAAGCUGUGAGGGGCAGGAGAGGCACACGGCUAAGCUCCUUCGGCGCUGUCACCGAAGUCCCCAAUAGAAAGGAAGGGAGAGAGAAAAAGAACUUCCGGUUCCUCAGCAACUAUCAAGCACUAUUGCCAGCAACUUGGAGCUAUCUCAGGAGCUAAUUUCAGGAUUUGCACCAUGAGUCUGACACAGGACUCUCUCUCUCUCUCCUUCCAAACCAUGGACCUUGUUCCAGGGAAAUCACACACAGACAACACACGCAGCAUUCCUUUCUUCGUAUGCUUCCUUCAAUCAAUUCCAACCACAUUUACAAUCCCGGGGUCGGGUCGUCGCGACGAGCGAAUCAGCGAAGGAGCGUUUAGGAUUGAUUUUUAAUUAAUGUGAUGUUUUUUUUUAUAUAAAUAUAACUAUGUUAGGGCAAAACAUUGCGGGAUAGAAGCAUAAAAGCCCGUGCUCAACUUGCCAAGUUUGUGCGAGAAAAAAACCGCUCUAAAGGGCAACACGUGUGAGUGAAAAUGAGUUUUCUUUUCCCUUCUGUUGUACAUAUUUAAGUAGCAUCGAUGAAUCGCGGCAGAAGCGAAAGCCGACUUGAGAGACUUUUAUUCCAAGUAUAGCAAGGCACUUUGCACUUGUUUUGUGUGUGUUUCUGUUUGUUUUUUUUUUUGUGUAAUUGUUUUAGAUACUUUUGCUGAUUUUGCAUUCUGCAAUAAUUUUCUUCCACUAUCGUAUAGUUGUAAGGCUUUUAGUUUGUAGUGAUUCUAGAGUGAAUUCCCCUCUCGGAUACGUUUUAUUUAAUGUAUAACCUAAUUUGUUUCCUUUUUUUGUUUGUUUGUUAGUUAGCAGAAACACUUGCAUGUGACUACAAAAUUUAAAGAAAAAAAAACAUAUUAUAUUUAAACAAUUAUGUGACUGCCAUAAAAAAAGAAAGCAAACUGCAGAGGGAACGCAAAACUCCCUGUUAGCAAUAGAAAGCGCACGAAUACGAAAUGGCGCAAAGUGUGCAAUUGAACGCGAGAGAACAGCAGUGGGAUUGUCCCAACGGAAACGGAAUAGUUUUUAAUAGUAGUGCAGAA